AUGGCUAGCAACGUGCAGUCUAAGUUUUGGGGUGAGGAUUCGGAUGAAUCAUAUUCCGAUUCCUCUGGUUACUCCAGCGAAGGAAGUGAACGCGAUGCUUCCAAGCGCCCUGGCGCCUCUGCUGCUUGGGUAGCCAGUGACAGCUCUAGCGAUGAUGAUGAAAAUCGCGUCGUGCGUUCUGCAAGGGCCAAAGCCCUGGAAACGAUUCAGAACAUCAUGAAGACAAUGGAACACCACAAAACUAUCCAAGAUUACUCGGAGCUGCUCAAGGACUAUGAUACCUUAGCGAGAUUGGUAGAAAAGCAAUACUCCAAAAGUAGAAUCCCCAAGUUGAUUGUGCAAAUAGUACUAGAGUUACAACAGUUUAUUGAGGAGAAGCAGAAAGAUAAGGAUGGUCUUAAAAAAAUGUCUAAAGCACGUUCUAUCUCCUUUAAUACAUUACGAUCAAGGCUCAGAAAGUUCAAUGAGCAACAUUCUGACGUCUUGGAGGAGUACAAUAGCAACCCAGAUGCCUACGUAGAUAUCCUCAAGGAAUCUUCGGACGAAGACUCCGAUUCCGACGAUGAGGAUGAAACUGCAAGCGAGAGUGAUGAUGACGGGGAAGUAUCUGACGAGAGUGAUGACGAAUCUGAUUCUGAAGAGGAUGAUGAGGUAAGUGAAGAAAGUGGGUUGGAAGAUGAAGAAAAGGCUGGAGAAAGUGAUGAGGGAUCGGACUACUCUGACUGGUCUGAUUCCGAUGUCUCUAGUCUCUCCGAAAACGAUACAUCUGACAAACAUAAAUCUGCUUUGGCUAAAUGGGGAGUAAAGAAGAGUGAUUCUGCCCCCAAGGCUGCCAAGCCGAAAACAUCGGCCAAGAAGCCUAAAACCAAAAUAGUGAAGAAGAAAGAUGAACGUCAACCUCUUACAACUACUAUGGGCGUUAUGCCUACGGUAGCCAAGGUGGCAGAUGUAGUCAUGGCUGCACUUAACAAGGCUGAUUUCGGUGCUGAAGACAACCCUUUCGGCUUGUCAACUCCCGAAAUCAAAGCUGUUAUGGAUGAAGUCUUUUUCUCAGCUGAGAAUGUGAAGGCAUACGUGAAGUCAAUUGUAGAGCGUCGUGGUAAACGUGGUGGUAACACAGCGGAGACUAUCCGUCACCUGAAAGCUUUACCUUACAUCGCCAAAGGGAUUUCACACUCACUUUACAUUUAUGUGGUGGAAACUUUGCUGCACAUCCAAUUUGACAGCUAUUCGAACGCAUAUGGCGCUAUGAUCCCGAGACAAUGGAUAGACUCUUACCGUAUAGUAUCUCACUUGGUUGACGAGCUCAAGAGCCACCCCCAGGCGUUAUUGUCAUCUGAGACUGUGGAGUCCGAUGAUCCCAAUCUCCAAGAAUCAAAUAGUGAGAAGGACGUUAACGCUCAAGGGUUGUCACGAGAGGUUCGUCUAGACCGAUCGAUGACCAUUCUAGAGUCGGUCUUGCGUAAGCUGAACGACGAGCUGUACAAGGGUUUGUUGUACAUUGACGUUGGUAGCGAUGACUACAACACUAUGCUUGUUUACAACGUAAACAUGCUCUACUUGCUCCACAAAACGUUGUUAUAUUGCACUAGUAAGGGUAGUGAGAGCAUGAAACACGCUGCUAGCAUCGCAAUUCUUAUGCUGGAGCACUUGCAUUACAAGGACGAUACAGUUUCUGGCAAGAUCUGGGAGUUAGUCAGGCAAAAGGUGACCGACAAGAGCCAGCUCAUGCACUACUUCCCCAACGAAACUAAGAAAGCAUCUGAUGUUGUUGAGGAGUUAGCUUACUUUGUUUUUGAGCAUGGUGCUGCACGUGAAAAGAUCAGGGCCUGUCUACACCUUGCUUUCAACAAAGCACUCCAUGGACUGUAUUACGAAGCUAAGGACUUGCUUCUAACACCCAAUAUCCAUGAACUGGCUAUGGAGACCAAUAUUUCUACACAGAUUUUGCUUAAUCGCAACAUUGCUCAAUUGGGUAUAUGUGCGUUCCGCAAGGGUCUUAUCAGCGAGGCACAUUCAUAUCUCAUGGACCUCUGUGCCCAAAACAGACACAAGGAACUGCUGGCUCAAGGCCUAUCGAUGAUGAAGAACCACGAGAAACCACCAGAACAGGAGCGUGCUGAAAAGCGAAGGUUGCUGCCAUACCACAUGCACCUGAACAUCGAGCUUAUCGAGUGCAUUAACAACAUAUGUGCUUGUUUGUUGGAAUCUGCGAAUUUGGCAAAAUCGACGAUUAAUAACCGUGAGGUGAUUUCUCGUCAAUUCCGUCGUAUGUACGAGAUGCAUGAGAAGCAGAUCUUUGUUGGACCUCCGGAGAACAAUCGCGAUGUGGUAAUGUGCACGUUUAAACUUCUUCAAACUGGAAAUUGGAAGGAAUGCUAUGAGCAACUGGCAAGUCUUACUAUAUGGAAUCGCCUGCCUGACAAGGAUGAUGUCCUUGCCAUUCUCAAGGAGCGCAUCAAAGUGGAGGCUUUCAAUACUUAUAUCUUCAAAUAUGUCGCUGUGUACGACUCGUUCUCUGUAGACCAGCUGUCGGAUAUGUUCGAUCUCGAUCCCAACAUGAUCCACUCGUUGCUGAGCAAGAUGAUAAUUUCGGGUGAGAUUCACGCCACAUGGGACGACAGCAGUAAAUGUUGCCUCAUAAACCACACUGAGCCUACCGAUUUGCAGAAGCUUGCUAUUAAGCUUGCUGAGAACCUGACGACUGCCGUUGAGCAGAACGAGAUGACAUUGAACAUGAAGAACCCGAAGUUCGCUCUUUCUCAGGAUCGCAGGUUCCAAACCCGUGACAGCAAGUUCAUGUACGGUGGCCGCCGUGAUGAUCGGCACAACGCCGCUACGAGCUUUAACCGUCACCGUCGCCCUAUGCAGGGUAACCGUAUGCACCGCUAA